UCAUCAGCAGGCAGAGUCCAUACUCCAUUCCUCGCUUAACUCUCUCCUGAAGUCGGACUAGCUUCAGCAUCUGGCGUCACGUACGAGCCACGGUGCGUAUUAACCACCUCGAACAAGUGAACGCGAGCCGGGAGUUUCCACUUUAUGGACAGAACGGCGACAAAUAAGCUCCGCACUUUGAAUUCCAAGCUGUGUUGAAUGUCCGAAGCCGUUCCCCGGAUACAUUGGCGACCAACCACCGAGCUCGAGCUGCUGUCACCCGCAAGGCCGCCGACGCACCGGGCGGGGAUUUCACGUUCUCCCUUCCGGACGUAUGGACGGAGCCAACGCGUAGCCGCCUAGCAGCCCGGGGUAAACUCGUCUCUGUUGGGUAAGAAUGGAUUCCUUCUUGGGCACUGGCAGCGAGGAGUGCUUGGCGACUGUAAGAGGUCUGGAGCUGAGGGCUGGCCAGAAGGAGCCCAGGCUGCUGUCACUAAUCGAACGUGGUGGACAGUUUAUACUCGGUGUGCUGGCAACUCCUGACGCUGUCGUGGCCCGUCCGGUGGCUCAGCUGUCCAUACCCAUUAAUGGAAAAUUUGAAAUUGUAAAAGAGGGUGAGGAGGCGCAUCUUAUUGACUUCUCCCUAGUUUCUGGACUCAAGAUACGGAUAAAAGGAGAAAAAGCCCCAGAACUCUUGUUAGAACUGCAGGAUGACGAACGCACGCAGACUUUCCUCACCCAGGUGAUAAGCGCUCAACAACAAGUUCAGUUGAAUUCCACCAAGCCCAGCGUAAUGGAUUCCUUUGCACAAAUACCUCCAAGGGGAGAUCGAGUCCCCAUCCCACCUCAGAGAGGACACAAGACUGCCAAUUGUGUGGACUCUGAAGUCAACACACCCACGGUGACUGGCACACUGCCCUCCGCCCUCGACAGCAGCAUAACCACACGUCAGGCCCAGUCUCUGGCCUCAGACUUCAGCUUUGAGGAGAACUUCAAUCACACUUUGAAAGUGGAGGAAAAGAAGAACCAUCAGAACAAGAUAGUUGCUUCUCGGGAUCCUCCCCCUGUUCCUCCUCUUCCUCCCCGCAAAGCGUCCUUCACUCCAUCUUAUCAGCUGCCUCCUGCUCCCCUCCCGAAAGAGAGAGCCUCCUUUCAGGCCAAAGACAACUCCACGGGUAUCACCAGACCAGAUAGUUUUAGGUCGAGCUUCGAUCGGGCGGACAGGUCUCCGUCCUGGUGCGAGAGUCCCACCACAAACACCAUGAGACAGGCCAUGUUCUCCACCCAGGCAGGACAGAGAGAAUACCUCAUCAAACACCGCCUGGGAAAGAAAGAAAAUGAAUAUGUGGACAUCCAGAACUUUAGGUUCUUCAGUGGUACGUGGAACGUGAACGGGCAGUCUCCAGACAGCAGCCUUGUGUCGUGGCUCUCUUGUGACGCGGAACCUCCUGAUAUGUAUGCCGUGGGUUUUCAAGAGUUGGACCUGAGCACUGAAGCGUUCUUCUACAUGGACUCAUCCAAGGAGCAACUCUGGGUGGAGGCAGUUGAAAGAGGCCUGCACCCUAAAGCACAGUACAAGAGGGUUCGCAUAAUUAGACUGGUUGGGAUGAUGCUAGUGGUCUUCAUCAAUAAGAUACACAAGAAACAUAUGAAAGAAGUGGCUGCAGAACAUGUCGGAACCGGAAUCAUGGGGAAAAUGGGGAACAAAGGAGGUGUGGCAGUGAGGUUUGUGUUCCACAACACCAGCUUCUGCAUCGUCAACUCGCAUCUUGCGGCGCACGUGGAGGACUUUGAGCGACGCAAUCAGGACUAUAAAGACAUUUGCGCCCGCAUGACCUUCCACCUGCUGGACCACCCCCCUCUUAGUAUCCACAAGCACGAUGUGGUAAUCUGGUUUGGCGAUUUAAACUAUCGCCUCUUCAUGUAUGAUGCUUCUGAGGUCAAGCAUCUCAUUUCCCAGUAUGAGCUGAAAAAGCUUCAGGAGUUUGAUCAGCUCAACAUUCAGCGGCAGACCAAACGAGCUUUCACUGACUUCAUGGAAGGAGAGAUCAACUUCAUCCCAACUUACAAAUACGAUUCCAAAACAGACAGAUGGGACUCGAGCGGGAAGUGCCGCGUUCCAGCAUGGUGUGACAGGAUCCUGUGGCGGGGCAACAAUGUCAAGCAGCUCAAGUAUCGCAGUCACAUGGAGCUGAAAACAAGCGACCACAAACCGGUUAGCUCCAUAUUCAAGAUAGGGGUGAAGGUGGUCAAUGAGCAGCGCCACAAAAAGGUGUUUGAGGAGAUUGUCCGCCACAUGGACAGAAUGGAGAACGAUUUUCUUCCCUCUGUGUCUCUGAGCCGGAGAGAGUUUGCAUUUGAGAACGUGAAGUUCCGGCAGCUCGAGAGGGAGCGUUUGCUCAUCAAGAACGACGGGCAGGUCCCUUGCCACUUCGCCUUCAUCCCCAAACUCAAUGACUCGCAGUACUGCAAGUCGUGGCUGCGUGCCGAGCCCAGCGAAGGAUUCUUGGAACCGAAUGAGACCCUGGAGAUCUACCUGGAGGUCUACGUGAGUAAAGACUCGGUCACGCUGCUCAACUCAGGCGAGGACGGCAUCGAGGACAUCCUGGUGCUCCACCUGGACCGAGGCAAGGACUACUUCAUCACCAUCUCCGGCAAUUACCUGCCCAGCUGCUUCGGCACCUCGCUGGACACCUUGUGCCGUAUGAAGAAGCCCAUCCGGGAGAUCCCCAUCACCAAACUCAUCGACUUGGGAGAGGACACCUUCACCGAGAAGGAAAAGUCCAAAAUGAACUUCCUGUUGGUGGACGGCGCAAGCACAGAAGACAAACCUCUGAAGAUCCCCAAGGAGAUGUGGAUUCUGGUCAACCACCUCUUCACCAAGGCUUGUGAUCAGGAGGACCUGUUCCAAACGCCGGGAUUAAAGGAGGAGCUACAGAGCAUCAUUGACAGUCUGGACACCAGCAUUCCAGACGCCGUCCCUGGUUGCAACCACUCUGUGGCCGAGGCUCUGUUGAUCUUCUUAGAGGCCUUGCCCGAGCCAGUUGUGUGCUACGAACUCUACCAACGGUGCCUGGACUGUGCUCACAACAGCCGCCUCUGCCAACAGUUGAUCUCCCAGCUGCCCCGAGCCCACCUUAAUGUGUUUCGCUACUUGAUGGGUUUCCUGAAGGAGCUGCUCAAGCACGCGCACAACAACAACCUCACAGCCAGCCUCAUCGCCACCCUCUUUGCCAGCCUCCUCAUCAGACCUCCUCCCCGUGUUGCGAGCCGACAGACAUCCCACGACCGGCAGAAAGCCAUUGGCUUUAUCUUGGGCUUCCUCAUGGCGGGAGAUGAAGAGUAGCUAAUUCAACAGUGUCUCUCCAUCGGAGCCAAAGAACGUUGUUCAACAAGUGACCCUUCAGCAUUCAUCUGGUGGAACGCAUUCACAAACUCUCAUGCUAGAGAUCCCAGAUGCCUCGUUGUGGGGAGUCCAUUAGACGUUUUAGCAGUUUUACCAAGUUGUCCUUCUCAAUGGCCACUGUCUGGAUUUACAAGCACUUUGGAGAGGUGUGAACUGUUGUUAUGCACUUUCUGAUGACCUAAAGGACCUGUUCCUUCAGAUCACACGUCCUCGUUCUCAACGGACUCAAAAUGGACACCCUAAAAGGAAGAGAGUGGCGCACAUGUUAAAACACUAUGCUUCAUUACUAUGCUAGCAUACCUCUCAUAGAAGUUGCAAAUUAAAUCCACCUGUAGAGGCUAUCGUUUAUUUUAGGUUCAUCCUGAAAUUUCACCCAAAAGCUCAAUAUUCCGAACUUUUGCGCACACCACACAUUGUGACCACCUUUCUUUCGAAAUCAUCCAUUUUACAACUGUUUAGGUUGAAGGGGUCCAUCUUCUGAUACCUGCUACAGCUGUCUGUUAUGUUGUAGCUGAUAUUUAGAUGUUUGCAUUUCCACAAAGUGGAUUGAAGUUUUAAAUAGAAAUGUCCAUCAUCAUAUGACAACAUUUCAUCACGAGUGUUUGCUGUGAUCAUUGUGUGAGAAUCUUGGGAGCCUCACAUCAAGUUUGUCCUGUUCCUCUGGACUUUUCGAUUGAUGCGCCGACUUCCUGCUCAAAGGCAACAAUUGUUUACCUUUUGGUGUGACGUCUGUUAUCAUUGGCUGUCAUGAAAGUGGUACUAUCGACACGUGUAUAUUUUCUUACCGCCUACAUUUGCUGCUCUCGCACUGUUUUCCCCUUACUGUAACUCCCCGAGGCAAAAGUGACGCAGCAUAUUUGAGUGCAGGUUUUAGAAUGUUUAUUGUCUCAUCACGUGAUGUGCUGUAGUUCAUAGACCAAUCAGAUCACGGGUAAUUAAACAGUGCAUAUGGGAGUGAUGGUGAGACGGAUGACAAAUGAAUGGGUUAUUCUAUUCAUUGAUACUCAUUAGUUUUUUCUUUGCCUUGUGAUGCUUCAUCUUAAAUGUGAGCACAUGAUAUAACUGCUGAUGAUCAUGCUUGUAGCUUGAAAUCUGUUUUUGUUGCCCUCAGAGUUGGGAGGAAACGUCACGGUUUUGGGAGAGACAUAGUUCAAUUUUUUUAUUUUUUAUUUUAAAUGUACUCUUACUCAUGCUUUAUGAAUCCCACUUUCACGACCUCACCUGUAAUCAAAACCUCACACUCAAGUGUUGUUGUAUGCUAGUGAAUUAUCUAUUUAUGGGAAUUUAUUGUGCAGCUACGUGGUCAGCACCUUCUCCAAAUGAAGGUACUCGAACCAACACUUUGCAUUUGUCUUUUCAGCUUCUUUGGUACUUUUUAAGUUAUUUAACAGAAAUAAAAAAAACAUUUUAAGUCUGUA